UUGAGCUUUUUCUUUAUCCAUGGAUCUCUACUUAAGAUUGAAUCAAAAUGAUCCUUGCCCCUUUUGAUUAUAAAUAGUAAAGAAAAAGGUCUGUUCCAAUAUUCUCAAACUGCAAAAAAAUAUCUCCAAAAGCAACCUGAUAUAAUUUCAAUCGUGUGUGUUGAAGUUUUUCUCCUCAAUUCCAAACACCUAUCUCUCUCCAAGCUACUUGUGGUGUGUCCCUUGAUCUCCUCCUCUCUCCUCCCUAUCCAACGCGUGAAGAACUUCAGUCAUAGUUGGAUUCAACCAGCUGGAUCACUCCCACCCGAAAUAUUCAGCUAUACAAUUGACUGAUCAGGUAGAAUUAAUAGGAGAAAUUUUUUGCAAAUAUUUUGUUGGAUUCUUCAUUAAUUCUUCUCUUGCCUCCAUAGGGACGUAUUGGAAUUGGAGAAUGACGACGGACGGUUAUUAUGGGCCUUAUCGGGCAGCCCUGUAGGAGGAUUGGGUUUUCAUGUUGUACUUCUUCGAAAAAAAUCCUAAUGCUAUGUCAUUGCCUCUAUCUGCCGCCAGGGACACUGCAUUUCACUUGUCAGUUUUCAGCAAUGAUAAACAGCCGAUUAAACAUUUACUUGAUAUUGCCAAAAAAAACCAUAUGACAACAGAUGACGUUUUGGCAAAGAAUAAGUACGGAGACACAGCUCUUCAUGAGGCUGCUGCCAAUGGGAACCUUGAGGCGGUAAAGCUCUUGGUGGAAUACGAUAAGGAGCCCUCUUAUGAUGUUGAAAAUACAGAGUUCCUUGAGGAUAUUAAUGACGAAGGCGAAACCCCACUGUUUAAAGCUGCUGCAUAUGGGAGAACAAAAGUGGUGAAGGUUUUAGCUUCUGAGCGAUUUGAACAACUGAUCAGAGGAACAAAUUAUGAAAUUACAGAAACAGGAGAAAUAAAAAUAGUAGAAGUUACACAGCUGAAAGACAUUCACCGCCAUAAAAUAACCCAUAUGAAGGAAAAGCCUAAACCGUCUACACCCCUAGAAGAAAAAACCAUAGAACUGCAAGGAGCUUCCAUUAGUCUGCACGUUGCAUCUGAACCUUCCAAACCGCCUACACCCGUAGAAGAAAAAACCAACAAAGUGCCUGGAGCCUCCAUUUUGCACGCUGCCAUCCAAGGAGAGCAUUUUGAAACGGCUCUACUAUUACUUAAACUGGAUAAAAGCUUAGCAACAUUAGAGGACGAAAAUGGCAGGACCAGUCUUCACCUGCUAGCCACUAUGCCCUCUGCUUUUAAAAGUGGAUACCGAAUGGGCACAUGGAUCAGCAGAGUCUUCUACUUCUGCUUUCCAAUUGAUGAUCGUAUAAAUGAUGAUGAAAAGAGGAUUUGGUUUAAUCUCUUCAAAGGCCUUCGUUUUGGUGAUGAUGUAGAUGACAAAGAACUUUGUUGUUUAAAUCUCUUUAAAGGGUGGUGGAUACUGGGAAAAAUCUGUUCACCAGCGAGAAAAAUCUGUGAAGCUAAGAGAAAGCAUAAACUUGCUUUUGGACUUGCCAAGAUCCUAAUAGCAGUAGAUGAUUCGUGGAUGGAAAAAAUUGAAGAAACCAUCCCAACAAUUUCAUCAUCUGAUGUUGAUGAACACGGCAAUAUUCGAGCUAGAGCACCGACUGAAGAAGAUUCUAAGCCAAGCCCUUUAUUUCUAGCAACUGAAAGAGGAAUAAUAAAGAUUGUCAAAGAGAUACUUAAAGUCUGUCCCCCAUUAGUUGAGUACGAGAAUAAUCUAAAGCAGAACAUAUUGCAUGUAGCUAUUAAGCACCGACAAAAGAAGAUAUUCGAUCAUGUGAAAAGGAUGAAGAUGCCAAUGACAAGGUUAGUCCGAGGGAUUGACAUAAAUGGCUACACCAUUUUACACCAUGCUGCAUACACGAACGAUGAAUCUAGAGAAAUUCACCCUGCAGGACCUGUAUACGAACUGCAAGACGAGCUAAAGUGGUACAAACGUGUGGAGAAGGUGACGCCCCCCCACUGCCUCAUGUUGCCUGAUUCAGAGUAUAAAAAGACUUGCGAAGAACUCUUCAAUAUGAAGCAUAAUGAACUACUGACGCGAGCACGACAAUGGAUAAAAGAGACUUCUCAAUCUUGCUCUGCAGUGUCUGUUCUUGUUGCCACCGUUGUCUUCGCAGCUGCCUACACAGUACCUGGAGGUUCCAAGGAUAACGGGUAUCCAGUUUUCCUCAACAACAAAUUCUUCAUGUUUUUCACAGUCAUGGAUGUGGUUGCUUUAGCCUGCUCCUUGACCUCGGUGGUCAUGUUCUUGUCCGUCCUCACAUCACCUUUUAAUUACGAAGAAUUCCUUCACGCGCUCCCUCGAAAACUUACAAUAGGCUUCUCCUUACUCUUCAUUGCCUUGACUACAACAAUGCUUGCAUUCGCGGCAACAUUAUUGCUGAUCGUUCAUUUCCAAAAGCCACGUUGGACCACCACUAUCAUUUACACUGCUGCAUUUCUUCCGGUCAGCAUAUUUGCACUCACGCAAUUCCCUAUGUAUGUUGCAUUUAAGGUAACUUUGCUCAAGUUUUACAAGUGGAAUAAGAAGUUUUACAAGUCGAUUAAGAAGCCUUUUCCUCGUAAAUGGUUUGAGAAGCCGGAGAAGCCGAUUGCAACCAGGCUUCAAGUUUGUUCCAGGCGGGUUGCAAACAAGAUACAAUUUUGUACGAAGCAGCAGCUUCAGACAAAUGGACUGUCGUCUAAGAGGAAUGAUGAUGAUCUAGGCCUAGACCCCUAGUAUGACAGAUUUAUAUAUGUUGCUCGAAAUGUUAAAGGAGGCUGAUAGAUCACCGAUGCAAGAGACUUCUAUUGGAUAUUAAUUAAAGGGUUGAAUAGUUCUAUUCUCCGACUGAUUAAUAUUAAUUAAUGGUGAGUGUUUUGUUGAUUGUAAAGUGCAGUGGCAUACUUGAGAGAAGAACUUGUGUGUGUUUAACACUGUGUUCAAGGCAUGCAGUUUACCAAGUCAACUUGCUUUGAGUCUAUUGUUAAUUUAGCAUUUGACGGGUCAGCAAACUGUUAGUAGUUGGCUAAUUGUUAAAAUAUCAAACUCAGCUGAAGCUUCUAAAACUGCAUUUAUAAUGUAUAUAU